UCGGAGGGGCAGACUGCGGAGGCGGGGAGCGGGACACCCGGACCCAGGGACGCCCUAAGCCGGCUGGCUCAGGGUGGGACUGAGAGUGACAGAGCUUCGGACAGGUGGGAGCAGUUAGACAGCUGGAGGCACGGAGACCAGCAAGCAGGGAGAGGGAGGGAGAGGAAGGGGAAGGAGAGAGAGAGGAGGCAGAGGGAGAGAGAGAAGCAGCCUCGUGCUCCCUCCCUACAGACGCCCUCCUCUGUCCGAGGGAAACGGCCAGGGGCACUGAGUGGAGAAGCGAAAGAGAUGAGGGUGCAGACGACGAAGGGAAGAGGCAUCCUGCCUUGCUAGUGGGACUGCGAGGUGCGGAGGAACUGACAGGCCGAACGCCGGCAUAGAUAGACCGCACAGCCCUCGCGAGGGGCGGUUUGGAGAGCGAAGCGCAGGAGUGCAAGAAUCCCGCGGCCGGCUGCAAGGCUGAGCGACAGGCAGACAGACGUGCCCGGGGACAGACUGGCAGACAGGAGGCGGGGGCACGUUCGCUCUCCGCAGGCAGCUGGGCAGAGAAGGCGGCGGCGGCGCCCCGGAGCGCGUCCGGAGCAGCGAGGAGCAGCAGGGACCGCGGCUUCUCCCGCCGCUGAAGCCACCGCUGUCCCCGCAGCACUGGCCGCUGCAGCCCAGCUGACGCCGCAGACAGCUCUUUUUACUAGCAGUUAAAUAAAUCGACCAAAAAUAACAGUAAUACUAAUAAGCCAAGCCAAGCCAAACCAAUAUAGCCAAAUCGAUCAGUGAGAAACAAUACUAUUAAUAAAAGCCAAAAACUAAAUCAAAUCAAUCAAGGCACCAAGACGCUGGGGGGAUAUCCACUGUUCAGUCAAGGUUGACGAUGUGUCAGGCUGUGUAGGGGAGUCGCAUGGAGAUGGGCAUCCCGAACUGUUGACAGGGACAUGGGACUCCAGUUACCUCUGGUCCCUUGUGUGGAUUUCCCCGGUGCAGAAGGACAGAAGCCACUAGUCAGUCGCCAGGACCUACAGCAGGAAUUCAGCGCAAAAGGGCGUCAAACCUUGUUAGUUUAAUUUGCAUCUGGGAGGAUGUCUGAGCCAGGAGACCUGAGUCAGGCCAUAGUGGAGGAAGGCGGGCCUGGGCAGGAUGCGGCCACUCCGGAGAAUGGCGUGGUUAAGUCCGAAAGUCUGGAUGAAGAGGAGAAACUGGAACUACAGAAGCGCCUGGCAGCUCAGAACCAAGAGAGAAGAAAAUCCAAGUCAGGAGCAGGAAAAGGUAAACUGACUCGCAGCCUUGCUGUCUGUGAAGAAUCCUCAGCCAGACCAGGAGGUGAAAAUCUCCAGGAUCAGGAUUCAAUUCAUUUACAGCUUUCCAGUUUUCCCAGCCUGCAAGAGGAUGAUAAAUCUAGGAAAGAUGACUCUGAAAGAGAAAAAGAAAAGGAUAAACACAAAGAUAAAACCUCUGAAAAACCCAAGAUCAGAAUGUUAUCAAAAGAUUGCAGCCAAGAAUAUACGGAUUCCACAGGCAUAGACUUACAUGAGUUUCUGAUUAACACGUUAAAGAAUAAUUCCAGAGACAGGAUGAUACUCUUGAAAAUGGAGCAGGAAAUUAUUGAUUUCAUUGGUGACGACAAUAAUCAUUAUAAAAAGUUUCCGCAGAUGUCUUCCUAUCAGAGGAUGCUUGUGCAUCGAGUGGCAGCUUACUUUGGGUUGGACCACAAUGUGGACCAAACAGGGAAGUCUGUUAUCAUCAACAAGACCAGCAACACGAGAAUACCAGAGCAAAGGUUUUGUGAACAUUUAAAAGAUGAAAAAGGUGAAGAAUCCCAGAAGCGGUUUAUCUUGAAGCGAGAUAACUCUAGUAUUGAUAAAGAAGACACUCAGCAAAACAGAAUGCAUCCAUUUAGAGAUGACAGACGAAGUAAAUCAAUUGAAGAGAGAGAAGAGGAAUAUCAGAGAGUGAGGGAGAGAAUAUUUGCACACGAUUCAGUUUGCUCCCAGGAAAGCCUUUUUGUGGAAAACAGUAGGCUCUUGGAAGACAGUAACAUAUGCAAUGAGACCUAUAAGAAAAGACAGCUCUUUCGGGGCAACAGAGACGGCUCAGGGAGGACGUCUGGGAGUCGGCAGAGCAGCUCGGAGAAUGAACUCAAGUGGUCCGACCACCAGAGGGCCUGGAGCAGCACAGACUCCGACAGCUCCAACCGCAAUCUCAAGCCUGCCAUGACCAAGACGGCGAGCUUUGGGGGCAUCACGGUGCUAACCAGAGGUGACAGUACGUCCAGCACCAGGAGCACCGGGAAGCUGUCCAAAGCAGGUAGUUCUGAAUCUUCCAGCAGUGCGGGCUCCUCGGGCUCCCUGUCUCGCACCCACCCACCUCUGCAGAGCACACCACUAGCCUCGGGCGUGGCAGCCAGUUCCCCCGGCUCUGUGAGCUACCCGGAGAAUGGAAUGGGGGGCCAGGUGGCUCCCAGCAGCACGAGCUACAUCCUCCUUCCACUCGAAGCGGCAACAGGCAUCCCGCCCGGAAGCAUCCUUCUCAACCCGCACACAGGCCAGCCCUUUGUGAAUCCUGAUGGAACCCCCGCCAUCUACAACCCCCCCAGCAGCCAGCAGCCCCUGCGGAGCGCGGUGGUGGGCCAGUCCCAGCAGCAGCCGCAGCAGCAGCCCUCUCCACAGCCCCAGCAGCAGGUCCAGCCACCCCAGCCGCAGAUGGCAGGCCCGCUGGUCACUCAGGGGCUGCAGGCUUCCCCACAGUCAGUGCCAUUUCCAGCUGUCUCUUUCCCUCCCCAGCAUCUCCUGCCCAUGUCUCCGACGCCGCAGUUCCCCAUGAGGGACGAUGUGGCCACGCAGUUUGGCCAGAUGACCCUGAGCCGGCAGUCCUCCGGAGAGACUCCCGAGCCCCCGGCUGGUCCUGUCUACCCGCCGUCCCUCAUGCCACAGCCCACCCAACAGCCAGCCUAUGUCAUCGCCUCAACAGGCCAGCAGCUCCCGGCGGGGGGCUUCUCAGGCUCCGGACCGCCCAUCUCCCAGCAAGUGCUCCAGCCCCCUCCCUCACCACAGGGCUUCGUGCAGCAGCCUCCACCUGCACAGAUGCCUGUGUAUUAUUAUCCGUCCGGCCAGUACCCUACCUCAACCACGCAGCAGUACCGGCCCAUGGCCUCGGUUCAGUUCAGCGCUCAGAGGGGCCAGCAGAUGCCGCAGACAGCACAGCAAGCAGGUUACCAGCCGGUGCUGUCUGGUCAGCAGGGGUUCCAAGGCCUCGUGGGGGUGCAGCAGUCACCUCCCAGUCAGGGCGUGCUGAGCAGCCCACAGGGGGCUCCCGUGCAGAGCGUGAUGGUCUCCUACCCAACCAUGUCCUCUUACCAGGUGCCAAUGACCCAGGGUUCUCAAGGACUGCCCCAGCAGUCCUACCAACAGCCAGUCAUGCUGCCUAACCAGGCGGGCCCAGGGCCUCUCCCGGCCACGGGGGUGCCCGUGUACUGCAGCGUCACACCGCCGACCCCUCAGAACAGCCUGAGGCUGCUUGGCCCUCACUGCCCCUCCAGCUGCAGGACAAACUGUGCCAGCGUGAGCAACGCCGGGUGGCAGGUCAAGUUCUGAGCGCCCCGGCUAUGGUCCACUUCUCAGGACGGUACUCACGGCCUGG